CGCCGCUUCCUUUUUCCUGAAUCGGCCAUGUUGCGCAUCAUGGCGAUCCUUGAUAUAUCGCAGCGCCCUUUGUACUACUCACCGUUUUUCUAACAAACUUACAUCGCUCUACAGUCUCAAGAGCAGUAAAGAACCGGCCGCCACUCGCACGCCAAUACAAACUUUUUACUGGCCUAACCACAUCGACCCACACAGAAGAUACGGCAUGCCCAUACGCUAACAAACUCCCGAUAUCCGACAUGUUCUCAGCCCGCCGCCAGUCAUCCACAUCCUCCUCCAACUCGGCCGCCAUACCUCUAAAUCACCCCACGGCACCGAUUAGUAACAAUCCAUCAUCAAACGAGGCGUCACAAGGUACGGGCUCUGGGAAUGGCGAUAGCCCAUCAACUAGCACAGAGGGGAAUGGGAAGCAACGACCAAGAAGAAAAGUCACAAUCGUUCCACCCGUAACCGCCGCUUGCCUUGAUGAUCUCCGAUCAGCUUUACCGACCGGCACCAUUCUACCCAAAUCAUCCCAAGCCAAUGUACCAUCCACUCCGGGUCCUCAUGUUACAACUGGGGCAAGCACGACAAGGACGAGCUCAAAGAGACGGCGAGCACAUACUGUUAGUGUCUGUCUCCCUGAUUCCGCCAAGUAUGUACAACUAGAAGAAAAAGAUUAUCCGGCGGUGGCACAGGGUGCAAGAGCUGGUAAAAGAGGUGCUCGAAGACAGUGGUCGCACGAUAUAGAGCUCGGCAUGAGUUCCACAGAUACAAACCCCGCACAUCCUCCUUCCUCCCCCGUUCCCGGUGGGCGGCAAAGAAGUGUAUCCACGGCCAGCCAAUCAGCCACAUAUCCCCACAGGAGACGACGUGAACGGCGAGCAAGUAGUCCUGGACCAGUAGGGUAUGAGAUGGAAGGGAGAGAUGGGGAUGUAGAGCUUGGAGAUGAGUUGGUGGGUGUUCUGGAUGUCGUUGAUCCGCAGGUCUCGACAGUGAAUCAUUUGCAAAAUAUGUGCAAUUCGGUGAUGGUGCCGUACCUACCGCAGUUGUGGACGCGGCGACCAGAGGUGCAGUUACCUUCGACGCCUAGCGAUGAGGAUGUGGGAUUACUAAAUAGCACUGCCACCGUUACUCGACGGCGAUCUAAUACUACCCGCUCAAGGAGACGCACCCUUUCUCUAUCACGAUUUGUCCCUGGUAAAAGUGCCUCUGAAUCAACAGCCUUAGCCGCUGAAGAUGAUACGCUUCCGGUGACAGCACCGGCAAGCUGGGGUGGGGCGCAUCCUUUGAGUAUCAUGGAAGAAGAGCCUGAAUUCCAACCACAAGACUCCACCAUCCAAUCCUUACCUUCCGCCUUUGCUACAAAACAAUUAAUUCCUUCAUCUACCACGUCACUCCCCCUCCCAACUAAACCCACUUCCCUUACUUCCUCUCCCACCGCUUCCACGAUCUCUCUUCGCCGUUCCACCCUCUUUGACAAACACAUCAAAUCCGUCCUCUCCACUUCUACCCGCCAAAAAAUCCUGCUCGCCCUCCAAGGUCUCUGGACGUUCGUCAAAACGCCUAUGGGAUUUCUCACUGCCAUUUAUGGGUUCGCGGUCGUGUUUUGGGGAGCGGCGAUUGUGCUGUUCUUGUUGGGCUGGAUACCAACAAGUAGUAAAUAUAGGCAGGAUGUGUGGGUGGAGAUAUCAAGUCAGGUCGAGAAUGGGUUGUUUACUGUGACGGGGGUGGGGUUAAUACCCUGGCGAGUGGUUGAUACGUAUCGAAUGUCGGUGAUCUGGACUCUUAAACGUAGAGCGGAAAGGCGGCGAGAAAAAAUGGGUCUACCUCCUAUCGAGGAUGAGAACGACUUACCCGAUCCGCAAGAUAUACCCGGUUACAUCCAUGUAUUGGACGAAAAAGAGACAGCAAAGUUGAGACAUCAUCAAGAGAAGUUUGCUCUCAGUCAAACGUGGUAUAAACCACAUGCUACUGCUACACAUCGUGCAUUCCCUAUUCGCUGGGCCCUUUGGAACACUAUCUUGAUGGACGGCAACUCAUUUUUCCAAUGUAUACUUUGCGGAUGUAUGUGGGGAAUGAAUUGGCAUAUAAGGCCAGCUUGGACAACUGGGAGUCUUAUUCCGCUCUCAUUUUUGUGCGGUAUCGGAGCUGCAGUUCUUAUCUAUUGCGGUUCAGUCAAAACUAAGAAACAUCAAGCCGUCUCCGAAAAGCUCAAACAUGCGAUGGGCAUCCCACUCGCUAUCGGACAACCAGCCGUGAGGCCUCCAGGCGUUGGAGAAGAUCCAACAUCAAAAGAAAGGGUCAAGCACGGGGGUGGUGGCAGUGAGAAUGACAUUGUUGAAGAAAGAGGAGGGGGAGGGGAGGGAAAAAGAGCCCAAGCCCAAGCCCAAGCUGAGAGAGCGCCUGAUGGAGGCGUGAUGGUUGGGGUUGGCUCCAGGGAUGUGAACGGAGAGCAGCUAUCUGGUGGCGAUGAACGAGAUAACGGGAAGGACAACGAGGAUGAGACAGAGGGAGGAAAGAAGGGGGACAGUCAGGGAGCAAAACAAGACUCGCUAAACUUUCUCGCACCACUGCUCAGGCGAAGCAGACAUCAUCCACAACGCCGGGCGACAGUCACGUUCGGUCCAACUGUCUCAACUUCUCCUCACCAUCCCUUGCCUUUACAUCCCCAACCUCUGUCGUAUUCGAGCCGCCAUCACCCCCUUUUACAAAAACGGCACCGCGACAAUACAAUGUCAAUGCGCUUACCCUCUCCCUCUCCCUCCCCAUCCUCUUCCCCCUCUCCCCCUCUGGGAAUCAAAGUGGAAACAGAAACAUCAGCCAAGCCGGAUCAUCAAGAAAAAGACAUUCCUUCGAUUGGCGUAAGAAGGGUGGAGAGCGAUAGCGAUGAAAAAGGAGAUAUAAUGUUGAGUGAGGAAAACUUGAGAAGGCCUAAGGAGUCUUCUGUUUGAGACCGAUUCCAUGUGGCGCAGAUAAUGGGUUGUGACCAUCGGAUGUUUGCAUAUGUCGUUGUUUUUUUUCCCUAAGGAUAGAUUUGUACGUGCAUUUUUGUGCGUGUUAGUAAGUACAUGUUGUAUAUGUACGUCAUUAGAUGCAGCUUGCGUUCAGCACUGCAUUUAUCGAUCUUGUUUGUAGACCUAUGUGAGUCCUUGCUACUCGCUCAUGUACAGCGUAUGCAGGACUUUUCGAUCACGAUAAGCC